AUGCAAAAUGACUAUGAUAUGCAUACUUUUAUGAAUGCUGGUCCACAUAUGUUCUAUGGCAGAGCAGCUAUUGUUAAACCUUCGAGUGAUAAGUUUGACUUUCAUUUUGAAGUUCUCAGAACUGUUUCUUUAUGGGUGAGACUUCCUAAUCUUCCUCUCAAUUGCUGGGGGGUUGAUACCUUGAGUAGAAUUGGAAGUGUUAUUGGGGUGCCUCUGUAUGCUGAUGACUGUACUUCUAAGCAAUUAAGGGUUGAGAAUCCAGAUGGCAACCUCAUUGAACAGAAGCUUAUCUUUGAGUGGUCUCCACCUUUUUGCAAGAAGUGUAAUAAGGUAGGUCAUGACUGUAAUGCUCCAGCUAAAAAGUCUCAGGCUCAGAAGAAACAGCCUGUUCAUGGUGCUGCCGUUAUUACUCCUGCUCCUACUACACACAAAGCUAAUUCUGAUUAUGAUUGGAGAAUAGUUGGCAGGAAGAAUAGAAGUUUUAGUGUAUCUCACCAUGUGCCAGAUUUGUCUAGCUCUAAUCCUUAUUCUUCUUUGUUUGAAGAUACUCACACUGAUCCUAUCGGGGGUGAUGCUUCUGUCAAGAAGUUAAUCUCUGAGCAAUCUGUUGAUGUAAUUGGUAUUCUGGAAACCAAGGACAAAGUGAAUGUGACUGUUCUUUCUUCUCAUGAGCAGUUUGUUCAUGCUGAUAUUUGUUCUAAAGACUUAUAUCAUCAUUUCUUAGUUACUUUUGUGUAUGGUCUUCACUCUAUUCAUGAUAGGGUUCCUCUUUGGACUGGUAUUAGCAACAUUUCAGUGUCUUCUGAUCCUUGGUUUAAUGGUGCUCCUAUUACUGAUUAUGAGGUGAAACACUUUAAAGAGUGUAUUGAGACCAUGGACUUUUGUGAAAUCAAGAGUAAGGGUUCUUUCUAUUCUUGGAAUAAUAAAGGGCAUGGUGAUGAUAGGGUUGCUACUAGAAUUGAUAGAGGUCUGGUUAAUCAAGCCUGGAUGUCUAUUUACAGUUCUGCUGAAGCUAUCUUUCUCCCUCCCUUACUUUCUGAUCACUGUCCUAUUUUGGUGGAGGUCUGUUCUCAUAAUCUUGGGAAGGGAAGGCCUUUCAGAUUUUUGAAUUGCCUUGCUGAUCACAAAGAUUUUUGCUCUAUUGUUGAAGCUAGUUGGAUUAAGGUGUCUAAGAGCACUGCUAUGACUGAUGUUUGGCAGAAUUUGAAAACUGUUAAACAAGGUCUUAAGAGCUUAAACACCAAAUAUUUUGCAAAUAUUGAUGAUAGAGUUGAUCAAGCAAAUUCUGCUUUAAUCCAAAUCCAAGAGAAGCUUGCUGUUGAUAUUACCAAUGGAAACUUACAUUUACAAGAAGCUGCUGCUAUUGAACAAAUUAAGCAGUAG